GUGACUCCAAGGAGGCGGAGACAGGCGAGCUGGAGAGAGGACUGGCAGGAAUGGGGAGGUUGCGGGAGGGGGUUCCAUCUGAAUAAUUGAGGAGCUGUUCAACAGCAGCGGCUGACUCUUGCCUUCCUUCCACCAUCACCCCCCAUCACAGCCGGAGAGACAGCCCGCGCCUGAAGUGCAGACGGUCAGCCACCAGCCCCAGCAGGCAGUCCAUCGCCUCCAGCCCCUCUGAUAUUCAUGCCCAGGAGAAGGCUGCUCUGCUGCGGAACUUUCCUAAAAGGGAGAUCCCUAUUCACUAGAUGAAUUCCAGAACCAUCCACUAAGUCUUCUGUAGCCCUCUUCCAUCAGCUGACCUUCACUGCAACUCCUAUUACUCAAGAUGAGUGGCUUCCUGGCCUCACUGGACCCCCGGCGGGUGCAGUGGGGGUCAGCCUGGUAUGCCAUGCACUCCAGGAUCCUACGCACCAAACCAGUGGAGUCCAUGCUGGAGGGAACGGGGGCCACUACAGCACAUGGCACCAAGCUCGCCCAGGUGCUCACCACCAUGGACCUUAUCUCUCUUGGCGUUGGCAGCUGCGUGGGCACUGGCAUGUAUGUGGUGUCUGGCCUGGUAGCCAAGGAAAUGGCGGGACCUGGUGUCAUUGUGUCCUUCAUCAUUGCUGCCGUUGCAUCUAUAUUAUCAGGUGUGUGCUACGCAGAGUUUGGAGUCCGAGUGCCCAAAACCACAGGAUCUGCCUACACCUACAGCUAUGUCACUGUUGGUGAAUUUGUGGCAUUUUUCAUUGGCUGGAACCUGAUCCUGGAGUACCUGAUUGGCACUGCAGCUGGCGCCAGUGCUCUGAGCAGCAUGUUUGACUCACUGGCAAACCACACCAUCAGUCGCUGGAUGGUGAACAGCGUGGGAACCCUCAAUGGACUGGGGAAAGGUGAAGAAUCAUACCCAGACCUUCUGGCUCUGGUGAUUGCUGUCAUUGUGACCAUCAUUGUCGCUCUGGGGGUGAAGAAUUCCGUGGGCUUCAACAACGUGCUCAAUGUGCUGAACCUGGCAGUGUGGGUGUUCAUCAUGAUCGCAGGCCUCUUCUUCAUCAAUGGAAAGUACUGGGCGGAAGGCCAGUUCUUGCCCCAUGGCUGGUCAGGGGUGCUGCAAGGAGCGGCCACAUGUUUCUAUGCUUUCAUUGGCUUUGACAUCAUUGCCACCACCGGAGAGGAAGCCAAGAAUCCUAACACGUCCAUCCCUUACGCUAUCACUGCCUCCCUGGUCAUCUGCUUGACAGCCUACGUGUCUGUGAGCAUGAUCUUAACUCUGAUGGUGCCAUAUUACGCCAUUGACACAGAAUCCCCACUCAUGGAGAUGUUUGUGGCUCACGGUUUCUAUGCUGCAAAAUUUGUAGUAGCUAUUGGGUCGGUUGCAGGACUGACAGUCAGCUUGCUGGGCUCCCUCUUCCCAAUGCCAAGGGUCAUUUAUGCCAUGGCUGGUGAUGGGCUCCUUUUCAGGUUCCUGGCUCACGUAAGCUCCUACACAGAGACUCCAGUGGUGGCCUGCAUUGUGUCAGGGUUCCUGGCAGCUCUGCUCUCGCUGCUGGUGAGCCUGAGAGACCUGAUAGAGAUGAUGUCCAUCGGCACACUCCUUGCCUACACCUUGGUCUCCGUCUGUGUCUUGCUCCUUCGAUACCAACCUGAGAGUGACAUUGAUGGUUUUGUCAAGUUCUUGUCUGAGGAGCACACCAAGAAGAAGGAGGGCAUUCUGGCCGAAUGUGAGAAGGAAACCUGUUCUCCUGUGAGUGAAGGGGAAGAGUUUUCCAGCCCGGCCACCAAUACAUGUGGGGCCAAAAACCUACCAUCUUUGGGAGACAAUGAGAUGCUCAUUGGGAAAUCAGACAAGUCCACCUACAAUGUCAACCACCCCAACUAUGGCACCGUGGACAUGACCACAGGCAUAGAAGCUGAUGAAUCUGAAAACAUUUAUCUCAUCAAGUUGAAGAAGCUGAUUGGGCCCCGUUACUACACCUUGAGAAUCCGACUGGGUCUUCCAGGCAAAAUGGACCGGCCCACAGCAGCAACCGGGCACACGGUGACCAUCUGCGUGCUCCUGCUCUUCAUCCUCAUGUUCAUCUUCUGCUCCUUCAUCAUCUUUGGUUCUGACUACAUCUCAGAGCAGAGCUGGUGGGCCAUCCUUCUGGUUGUUCUGAUGGUGCUGCUGAUCAGCGCCCUGGUGUUUGUGAUCCUGCAGCAGCCAGAGAACCCCAAGAAGCUGCCCUACAUGGCGCCUUGCCUCCCCUUUGUGCCUGCCUUUGCCAUGCUGGUGAACAUCUAUCUCAUGCUAAAGCUCUCCACCAUCACAUGGAUCCGGUUUGCAGUCUGGUGCUUUGUGGGUGUGCUCAUCUACUUUGGAUACGGCAUCUGGAACAGCACCCUGGAAAUCAGCGCCCGCGAGGAGGCCCUGCAUCAAAGCACGUACCAGCGCUACGACGUGGAUGAGCCCUUCUCGGUGGAGGACGGUUUCUCCUAUGCCACUGAGGGCGAGAGCCAGGAGGACUGGGGCGGGCCGGCGGAAGACAAAGGCUUCUAUUACCAACAGAUGUCAGAUGCGAAGACAAACAGCCGGACGAGUAGCAAAGCAAAGAGCAAAAGCAAACACAAACAGAACUCGGAGGCCCUGAUUGCAAAUGAUGAGUUAGAUUACUCUCCAGAGUAAGAGUAAACACAAGAGGGUAGAGAUGAUGAUGGUGAUUGAUCUUCAGUAAUUUAACCUGUGGGCUAGAAGGCGAAAACUUUUUUGAUUCUCAUUUCACAAAUCCAGCCUGCUCUCGGAGUCAAUCCCCAGUCAUAGCCUGUCAUUUGCUAUUUUUGCUCUUCAGGAUAGAUCUGUCAAAGUGUUUAACCCAGGGUUCCUAACUGGUCCCCUUGUAAACAACACUAAACAAAAGGCUACACAAAAUUCCAUCUUAGGUACAACCAUGAUCUGUUGGCUGCAAAUAUUUCUCAGGCCUUUGCUUUGCUGGUUGAAUCGUUUUUGCUUCUUUUUUGAGAUUCCCAAGAAGCAAGGGGAAAACUUCUUGGACCCCAUAAAGACUGUGCAACUCCUUUGGAGAUGCACGGAAGCAGGCCAUAUGGGCACAAGGCAGCAUUUCAACCACCGGAGACCACCAGGGCAAAGCUCUGUUCUCAGCCUGUAGGGCUGACAGCUGCUCUCCAGGGUCACGGUGGGUAGGGGUCAGCUCUCCCUCGAUAAGCAACAUUUGGUCCUGAAAUCUCACCCAAAAAAAUUUUCCAUGAAGAAGACACAAACUUCUUUUUAUUUAAUUUCCACACUAUAAUUUUAGAACCCAGCAAGGGUCAAGGACUCUUGAGAUCUUUCCUCCAAAGAUUUUAGAUUCACUGUAAAGCAUCAUGCAGACCCAAUAAUAUAGUAAGAAGCACCAUCAAAGCUCUACUUACAGGCCCAGAGAAAAUGAAAUAGCCUUCUCUUGAAGUGAAGGCCAGAAACGCAUUGGCAGAAAUGAACUGUCUGUCAUACCUUCCCUAAGCUCCUGCUGACAUGAAAGGGGGCAAAGGUGGAACAUGAUUUCAUAGCAUUAAUAUGCCUUGAAGAAGUAGCCCGUUUGUUUUAGAAUCAGAUAAAAAUCCUUGCAAAGAUAAGUGACCCAGCCACUGAGAUCACAUUGCAAGUUCUAUUUCAUAUUUCCAAAAUUAUAAAUUAUGUAGUUUUUUGAGACAUACAACCACUUGAUUAGUGAAGGCCACUCUGGAAACAAAGAAAUGUGGAAGCACAUCCACUUAGGUAAUUGCAUUCCAUGAGAUCACAUUGCACUUCAGAACCUUAUUUCUCUGGGGUAACCCACUUUUAUUUUCCCUAUUAUUUCCCAAAGCAGUUUCAUCAAAGUCCAGCAAAAUAUCUACCAGAAUAGAUGUGAAUUGGGGCCACAGAGGGUUUCUUAAAAGAAUUAUCUCAGAAAUAGGAUAGAUGAGAGAAUUUGCAACAAGGAAAACAACAACAACAACAAAGGCUGUAAAUUCUACUCUAACCCUGCAAGGAUUCCAAUGGCAGAGUUGAGACGUAUAAUGUUAAAAUCUUCAUGAGAAUUUUCUGAAAGGGGGGAAAAAAUCUUUGCCCUCUGUCUCCUCAAUUUAUCAUCUUGCCAAAAGUUUACCAAAACACAUCAACUAACAUUUAAGUCUUUUUUUUUUUUAAUAUAUAACCAGCAAUUGAACCCAGGGGCAAGGGAGCUCAACCAAUGAACUGCAUGCCCAGCCCUUUUUAUUUAUUAUCUUUUUAUUUUUUAAUUUUGAGACAGGGUCUCACUAAGUUGUUGAGGCUGGCUUCGAACUUGUAAUCCCCCUGCCUCAACCUUCCAAGCUGUUGGGAGUACAUGCAUACACCACUGCACCCAGCAAAUCUAUUGAAAUUUGAGGCUCAUGACUUUUUGGCAAUACUUUAGGGUUGUAGAAAGAAGGCCAAAGUCCAAUUUUUUUCUUCAAUCAACUAACAGUGAUUGAUAAUAUACCAAGUGCUAGCCAUGGGCAUGACAAUUACAACAGCUGCCCUUGAAAGAUUACAAUCCAGGGAGGAGCAGCUCUGGAGCCUGACAAAUGUAGAUGAAACAAACAAACAUAAGUCUUCAUGACUGGUGAACUGGGCUUUAACAUAACCAAGAUCAAUUGAAACCAGGUUUUUUAAAAAUAUGCCUUUAGAUAAAUUGCAUUUCAUUUCCCUAGCCAAAGUAUACCAUUAAAUUCAAACACAACAAUCUGUUAGAUCUUCUUUUUUUAUUUCUCCAUAUUAAUUGUUUAGAAUGCCAGCUGUCUCUGUUCAUUUUGUAUUUUAAUGUAGACUUGACAGUGCUGUUUUCUCCUCCCUAAGCUGAACCAUAAAGAGAGGAUCUGGUUUGUGACAAUAUAUCCUUGGGGAUUUACUGUAAACUAACUAUCGGGUAGUCUUCAUGAAAACAAAGUUUUAAAUCAGUUUUACAGAUCAAGGAAUCUUCUCAGUUUAAAUAGAAUCUGUUAAGCUUGAUAUAUAUCUAGAUAAUCAUCAAAUACACUCAAGAGAAAUAUGAAUGCAAAAUAACCAAAAUAACCAAUUUACCCAUGUGAGGAUGUGGGUAAAUAAUUUCAUUUUACUGGUGACAUUUAGGUAUUAAAGUAGCAUUAGCCAGAUGACAAGUAUAUGAAAUUUCUGUAGCACAAGAAGAGAAAACACAAGCUUUAAUUAACACGAUUGGUCUUGGUUUUGUACAGAUCCUAGGAGCCACUCACAUUUCAGAAGCCAUUUUUCCAAAACAGUAUCUUUAUGUAUUUUAAGCCUUGCUCUCCUUUUUUAAAAAGGUGAUAGGAAACCUUCUUGUAGCUACAAGCAUCCUAAUGGAUGCAAGGAUAUUAGAAGGGUUCUCAGAAUGACUACCUGGGAAGAUCCCUAGGUUGAUGGCAAAAAAAUUUUGUAUCCUGGUAACCUUGGCUCAAAAAUAAAAAUUAAAAUGGUAGGGAAAGUUUUCAAGGCAUGUAGGCGUGUUUUUCUCAUGUUUCCCAGCUUGGGAAAUGGUCCCAGAUUUCACAAUGCAAUUGUCAUAUACCAUCAACCACUAGAAUUAAUAUAUCAGGGUUUUCUAAUCAGAUUUCUGAACACCAUGUUUGUGGGACACAUUAGAAGUAAGAUCAUAUAAUAAUUAACUUAGAAACUCAUUUCCCUUGAAAAAGGUUCAUGGAAGAUCUACAUUUUAUUGAAUUUUUCUCUACAGCAAGAGUUCUUCCAGUGAAGUUUCAGUGUGUGGAUUUGUGGUUUGGAGCUAGUUACUUGAUUUUUAAAAGUUCUUUAUUUGUUUAUUGGUACUGUGUUGUUUCUAAAGGGUGUGAGGCUGCUAUUAAAAUACACAAAAGUGAGCAACUCAAUAAAUAUAGAAACAGAAGGCUAUGGCAAAGUAUUGAAAUAACAAGACUUGAAUGUCACAGAUCGUAGAUACUCUUUAAACCUGGAUUUCACUAAGUAUGUGCCUGGUGUAUAGUAGGUAUUCAAUAAAUGUCUGAUGGAUGGAUGGAUGAGCAAACUGAAGGAAAACAAAAUUUUAUUCAGCAAUUAUUCAUAGAGUCCCUAUGACAUGGCAUAUGUUGAUACAAUAAUCAGUAAGAUAGAAAUCCAGACCUUAAGAAAUAGGGGACUGGGAUAUACAAGUAAAGAACCACAGUGAAUGUGACCAGAUGAGAUGAAGAUGAGAAUAUGCUGUGGGGGUUCGAAUAUGGAAAAGAACUCCUUCCAUUGGAAAGAUCAUAAAGAAGGCAGCCCUGUGUUGAGCCUGUGGAGUGAGCAGAAUCUUGCCAGGUAGAAAUGGGAGGAAGGCCUGCCAAGCAGGGGGUGAGUAAAACAUAGACUGUGGCUGAUGGCUGUCCUCUGACUAAUAAUUUGUACUGUGCCUCCUUCAAGGGAAAGCAAGGAGCUAGUCUGACUGGAGCUUACAAUUUUUGCAUGAUUUAAACAUGGAACAAUACAAAAUGAUGCUGGGAAGGCAGAUUAAAAUACUAACACAGCAAGCUCACAAUCUAAAGUUAUUUACAGCUACUUUAAAGUUUUCAAUAAUAAAUUUCAACAACAAAUCUAACAAUUUUUAUGUUUAUCUAAACACUAAAACUUCAGCUCCUGGUUUUAUUCAAUUUGAAGCCACUCUGAAAUAGAGAAGAAGCUGAAUAAUAGAAUUAGGUGAAGAAUCCAGUUCUACUUCUUAGUGAAAAAUAACUAGUAAAAUACCUAUAUGGUGGUCAUGAUGAACCUGUUUAAAUAAAUGGGGGGAAAGUGGGUGAAUUUAAUAAUUCAUCCUUCUCUAGAACCUAUGGAUCAGUCAGGAUACAAACCCAGGAAUUAUUAGGAAACAAAACUCAAAGAAAUGUCUUUACUCUCUACUGCUGAAAAGGUUGACAAACUUAUCCUUUAAGUCAUGCUUGUUGGAAGCCUGCUUUCAAGAGACUACCUCUUCUCUGCAUCAUAAAUAGAAGCUACAGGAGAUUGAGAGUCCACAGACAGGGCUACAAGAAAUUGCUGUCCCCUUUACCACCAGGUUUUACCAGGGACCUGAGAUGUCAGUAGAAAAUCCCCUGCAAGUCAAUCACAGGUUGGCCUAAUUUUGAAUCUCAGAUUACACUGUUUUGUUGUGUGAAGACAGAUAGGAAACUAUCUGAAGCCAGAGCUGGGAUCUGCUCAUGUGGAGUUCUGGUGGCAGUGAGUGGUCGGUCCACUCUUGGAUUGAAACCUCAGAUUAGUGAGCUAUCCAGAGAUGGCUUUAAUUUCCUAUGGAACAGAGAGAGGAAGGAGAGCAAGGAAACUCACCCCAAAUCUGGCCAUUCAGGCUGUGUCUCAGUGUUCCAUUUUCAUGCCCUUUGCAACAAGAUUUGUUCAGAUAAGUGUUUCCAUUACAAUUUUCGUGGACCCUCUGCUUCCCCAUUCACACAUACCCCUCUGAUGCUGUAGAUCCAUUUGUCUACAGAGUUCCUUUGGAGACCCUAAUAAAGAUACCCCAGCAGGGAACCAGUGGUGGCCUGGCCAUGAACAAGCCAAUAUCUGUAAUUAAACAAUCUGCAAGCACAGAAACAGCAUCCCAGGCCAUGAGCAAGAGCCGGAAUGUUGUUCAUGAGGUGUUUCCUUUGCAUUUCUCCAUUCAAUAGUGAUGGGUAGCAAAAAGCCCCUUUUGUGCAAAUAAUAAUUAGUUCUGUGUCCUACUUUGAUUUUCUCUAAGACUUUUGAGAGGAGGCUAUUUAGAUUUUUAUUUUCCUCCUCAAGAGCAGCUUCCUUUCUAAAAUGCUUUUCUCUCACGUGCUGGAGGAGCGUGUGCAUCAUUCUGAAAUACCCAGGCAGUUGCCUUUUGCCAAAAUUAAUUCUCUAAGAAAAAUAGAAUGGUAUUUUUGUUUUUCUUUUUAGGAUUUAAAGCCUGAAAGGGAUCAGUGGAAUUUUGAAAGCCCAUCAAAAGUGAACAUGUAUUCUGUAGUAUCAACUAAAAUAGUAUUAUAAGUCACUAACCAGUACACUACAUGCAUGGAAUUCCACAACCCAUACAGAACUUUCCCAGAAUCAGCUUGGGCCUGACAGCAGGUAGCUCUGCUUUCUUAACUCUUUGAGACAUGCAGUGCAUGUCCGUGGCAUAUGAGGAAAGAAAAUGGCUCUUUAUUACUAAUAGGAAACAAGGGCAGCCUGGAUUUUCAUGCUAGGGACUUCCUCUGUGCUUAGUUAUUUAUUUAUUUAUUUAUUUCUAUUAUGCUUUCUUGACAUUGACAUGGGUGACAUUGUCUAAAGGAAAUUGUGGGUCAUGUGAAUUUUUCCCAACGUUACAGACUUUGAAGGAUUGUGUUCAUUCCAAUAUUGGGAUGGGGAAACUGUUUGUUCCAUGCACACCUAUUGCUUGGUCUUGGCAGUUGCUGAUACACUUGUCUCACUCACGGUCCCAAAGUUGAGAAUUUACACUGGAAACCAUGAACCCUCACUUUCCCAAGCAGAGACACUGUUAAUGUUACGAUGGCGCAUAAAUACCUCAACUGUCUGGGCUGAGAGAAGGGGCUGCAGGUUUAUAAGAGAGCAGCUACAGUCCUCAUUCCGUGUGGUUCCAACCAUCUGACAACAGGACUUGACAUUCUAGUCUCUCUCACUGUGGUAAAGAAAUGUUACUGUUUAAUUCAUAUCCAAAGUCAUAAAUACAGCUUGUAAAUUCUACUAACUUGUUUCAUUUUUUGUUUGGUCCUUGAGAAAUUCAACUUGCAUUUUGCAGAUGGUGAUUUCUGGUGUCGUUUUCUGCUACUUUUUUUUUCCUGUAUAGAAUUGCUGUACUUGUUAAAGUUUGUUUGUUGUGUGGUUUUUAAUUCCCAUUGGUGCACUGUACAAUGGGGUGUUGUAACGUACCAUGAAGAAAGAAAUAAUAUGCAGAUGUAUUAUGGAGUGUAUUUUAUUUUUAAAUGACUGUGAUGUUGACAAUAUAUUGAUUUGUCAAAAUUCUAAGGGAAAAUUCUAAAUUUACCAAAAUGUGUAUAUUUUAAUAAAUGCAUAAAGCUUUUUGGUGUGCCUUUAAAUUUAAAAAUGAGUUUAUAAAGAAAAUUGGAAACAAAAGUGUCUUACUUUAAAAAUAUCCAUAGUAAUGGAAAGCUCUUACAUAGGAGACAAUGAGAGAAAGAAAGAGGGAAAAAAAUCAAAGAAGCUUCCCAUAUUAUACUAACCUUAACAAGUAUCUGAAGUCUGUUACUUUUUUUUACAUCCUAAAAUGGAGAUGAAUGAGUGAGUUUUGCCUUAAGUGUUUUAAUUUUCCUUGUAGAAGAGACAGAUAAAUAUCUCAUUUUGAAACUUAUUGCAUUAUUGUGGAAAAUUCAUUUUCAGAAUAAAAAUAUUUUAAAAAUGACAGCUGAUCGACUAAUAAAAU